CGUCAUGAUGUACGCUGAUGACACUGUACUAUUUUUCGCAUCACAAAAUGUUGAGGAGAUCGAGGCUGUUUUGAAUCAGGAACUAGACACUCUGUAUUCCUGGCUUACUGAGAACAGCCUCUUUUUAAACAAGAAGAAGACCGAGUUUAUCAUAUUUGGUACUUCAGCUAGACUAUCGGGCAUUCGGAACUGCGAUUAG